GUCUUACUUCUGUUCGUUGAUGGCGCUAUUUAAAAACACUGGGUGUCUCGUGUUCAACGACACCGCGUUCUUCGACCAAAAUUGCUCAUCGCAAAUGAUGGCGGACGCUGAGGAAGCUGAAAUCAUAAUUUCUGCUCAUGAAAAAGAACAAGUCGAGCAGCAUGUCGAAGAGGAAAUUGUUCACGAAGUUGUCUCCCCUGAUCAGUCUUGGAGGAACGACGAAUCGGGCUUGAUCCACGAACUUGAACACAGUGAAGAAGACGACGACGGUUCGCAUGGUUCGGCGAGGGGGAAGGAUGAAAGUAGAUCUAACGCAGACAUGGCCGAUCAUGCGUAUCACGCCAGCCUGGCUGAGGGUGAGGACAGCUCUCUAGAUGACCCCUUCAAAGAUGACACUGGUGUUUUCUGCCUGGACACUGAGGAUGAGGUUAAGCAGAAAAUCGCCACAUACGAGAAAAAGUCAGGCACACGUUUCAUUGUACUGAAAAAGGAAAGGGGUUACACUCAAACUGUUGAGGACAAUCCAGCGCCGACUUACUCGGAUGGGGUGAGGCUCACUCACCAUAACCAACAGUCCAGUGGGGCAGCCGAGCCUCCGGAGGAGUUCAUUUGCAAGGAGUGCAAUGUGGUAUACAAGAGCUACAAGUCUCUCUGGCAGCACAAGAAGGACAACCACCAGGACAAGUUGAGCUGCGGCUACUGCGAUUACUCCUCGAGCCGCAUGUACAAUAUCAAGCAGCACCGCAAACGGAGACACCCCAACUUGCCCGAUCCGUUUGACCCGAACCUGGUUGACCUGCCGGUGUUCUCAUCAGUGUAUUCGGACGAGAUGAGACUGGAGAACACGAUGGAAGAUUCUGAUGAGGAGAUGGGCCAUGUAGGAGAGCCUGUCUCUAAGCUGGCCCACUUCGCCCAAAACAUGGUGACCUGUGCUGUAAUAGGAGAUGCUUUUAGCUCAAGAAGUCCAUCAGAAACUGCCAAGUCUCAACCAGGGAACAGCCAAGUGAAAGAAGUACAUCAAGAGCAUUCCGCUGCAGCAGCAUAUCCAGUGGGCUUGGUCGCCUCACAGGAGGUCCCAAGUCGCACUGGAAAGCAGUCUCUGGUGCAAAGAAGCCAAGCUCAGACGCAGAGCAACAGAUCCGAGGUGCAGACUGUUCACACGGUGAAUCACAUGGCAACAAUGCCUGUUUUCCCUCGUAUAACUAGCGUGUCUGGAGGUUUAAUGACCAUCCAUCCUGGUAGCGUGAGUGCUCCCCCCAGUCAAGGACACUCAAGAUUGCAGCACCCAAGCAUUCCCCGCUGUAACAGAGAACAGCAAGUCAGCCGGAUCAGUAACAGCCAAGAGGAGUUAGACCAUAGAACUGACCGGAGCGACAGAGUAAUAUUUUCUAGGACUACAAAUGAGCUUGGAUCAUGCCAACUGGCGUCGUCGCAGCAGAAAGUCUCACCACGAGGCGACAUCUGCAGGGCCUCAGUGUCAUGUGCGCCAUCAUCUCUGAGAACCACCUCAGCAUGCAAUCAUCUCAUCCCAAGGCAAGAAAUGAUGCCAAGGGGUACAGCCGCAGGGGUAAGAGAUGGCCAAAAUGUUCAAAACAAAACAUCACCCUCAUUGCCAGUCAGGAGAGACUCUGAGACAUGUAAGCAGUGGGAUAAGAAGCAUCCUUCUCAGUCACCGGGAACGUCAGUCAACAGCAGGCUAGUUGGAGGAGGGCAAAGGAAUAAUGGUAACGGAACCUUCUCCAUCGAAACAAGACAUACAGCUCAGAGCAGCCCCAACUCUGAGCCCUCCCCAUGCCCUCAUUCAGACCAAACGAGGGGUGGCCAAGGAGCCCCUGGCCAAGCCAAGCAGAAGCCAAGUCCACAAGGUGCCAGAACUGCUCACCACUUCACCACAGUCGGGGGCAUCCUAGACCAGCACAGGCGCAGUGUUGGCCUUACAGACUUCCGUGACCUCCUGCCAAAUUUCCGGGUCAGGUCCAUCACCGAACGAGUAGUGCAGCCAGACGGGACACGAUAUGAGAUUCAGAUCGAUGGAGAAGAGAUAAAUGAAUGAAGCCAUGGCGUAGUAGCUCAUGAAUAUGGGGUUUGAAUAAUAAUGAAUUUACCUACAGUAAUUUCAGCUUAAAUGAUCUUCAAAUGAUGUGGUUAUUUGAAAUGGAUCAUUUGUGCUUGUGAUAUACUGUACAUGUACACUCACAGGCACAUGGUAAAUGUAUGUUUGUACAUGUACAUUGUACUGGGAUACAUGUACAUGUGUACAAUGAGCCAUACAAGUACUUGUACACAUGUACAUGUAUGUACACUUACCGGUAUAGUGUCGGUUGCACCACAAAUUGAUGUACAUGUACAUACAUAUACAACACGGUAGUUUUGGUGCACCACGAAGUGACGUACCGUCCAUUGACUUUGUACACACGAUACGUCAGUUGGUGAUGCAACCAACAGCGAUGAUGUACAUGUACAAUACAUGUACCAUAUGUGAAUACUGUACUUGAAAUUUGGCAAAUGUGAUGAUUGGGUACAUGUAUAAGUAGCAUACAUGUAUGGUAAAUGUGCAAUAACAUGUACCAAUACAUGUACAUGCAUUUGCUUGAUGCCUCUGAACAGCAAGGUUUUAAAACUUGGUGUGUGUGAAAUGAAAAUGGUAGAAAUGAACAUGUGCACAUUGUAUGGUAUUGGAAAGUGAUUCCUGUUGAGCUGGUCACUGCAGAUGAUUUACUUUUGCAUACAUCAUGUACUGGUACAUGUACAGGUGAAUAAAAGUGUUCGUUACAUUAAUUACGGCUCAUACAUGUGUGCACAACAGCAAUCAUAGAUCAACAAAUAAUAAUGUGUUCUUGUUACAUGUACCAACUUGGAAUUACAUUUAUUUUCCAAUUAAUAUAUUCAAAUCAGUUUUUCAGCUAACUGCCAACUAAAUCCCAUUACCUGUACCCCCCCUGUACCUUAGUUCAAAAUUUGGCACAAACUACCGCUGUGUGUGUAAAGAGUUAUUCAUGAAGCAGUGUUGAUCAUGAGGGUGUUUUAUUUUGUCUUUUUAUGGUACCGCUAUAUAACAUUAUGUGAAGUUGUGAACAUGGAUGUUUUUUGAAAAUGAAAAAAAAAGAUGAUUCAUUUAAUCGAAAGAUUUGUAUUUAUUCAAAAGAUCUGAUUGGGACAAAAAUUUCCCAUCUUGCAGUGUGUGUUCACAUUGCAGACUGUAGUGAGUUUGAUUAACUUGUAACUUUCAGUCAAUUCAGAUUUUCCAGUACACGAGAAAGGUCUUGUGGGAAUUCACAUGCACAGUAUGCACGUACAUGUAUGUUCAAUAAAUAAGCAAAUUUUAUAUUUCAAGUGAAAUCAUGUUUUCUGUGUUUAAUUUUGUGUCUGUCACUACUGACCUGCCCCUAACAUCACAUGCCCUCUGGGGCCAAUUUCA